UAGAGCAAUUUUUUUCGAAAGGUCAUUUUCAUUUAUUUUGGUAGGAUAAAGAUGGUGGAUUCGGCCUGAGGCUAUUUUUCAACGACGAUUAAGUCCAUCCAGGGCCAAUUUCGGCGGAUUUCUUCCGGGUCCAUUUUUGGCAGACUCCAAAGGGGUACCAUCACAGAUUUCGGGCGAUUUUUCCGAAAUGCCAUUUUCUUUCGAUUUUGGAGGCUACAGAUCACGGAUUCGGCUCGAGGCUAUUCUCUACCGAUAAUAAAGUCUAUUGAUCCGAUUCUGUACUGAUUAUUAAGUCAAUUAAGCACCGAAUUGGGCCAAUAUAUUUUGGAAUGGCAUUUUCGUAAUUAUUUGAGCAGUUUUUUUCGAAAGUCCAUUUUCCUUGGAUUUUGAAGGAUAAAGAUGGUGGAUUCAUCCUGAGGCUAUUCUUCAACGACGAUUAAGUCCAUCCAGGGUCAAUUUGGGCGGAUUUCUUCCGGGUCCAUUUUUGGCAUACACCAAAGGGAUACCAUCACAGAUUUCGACCGAUUUUUCCGAAAUGCCAUUUUCUUUCGAUUUUGGAGGCUACAGAUCAAGGAUUCGGUCGCGGGUAUUCUCCACCAAUAAUAAAGUCUAUUGAUCCGAUUCUGCGCUGAUUAUUAAGUCACUUAAGUACCGAAUUGGGCCGAUAUAUUUUGGAAUGGCACUUUCGUAAUUAUUUGAGCAAUUUUUUUAGAAAGGCCUUCCUUGGAUUUUGUUGGAUAAAGAUGGUGGAUUCGGCCUGACGCUAUUCUUCAACGACGAUGAAGUCCAUCCAGGGCCAAUUUGGGAGGAUUUCUUCCGGAUCCAUUUUUGGCAGACUCCAAAAGGGUACCAUGACAGAUUUCGGGAGAUUUUUCCGAAAUGCCAUUUUCUUUCGAUUUUGGAGGCUACAGAUCACGGAUUCGGCUCGAGGAUAUUUUCCAUCGAUAAUAAAGUAUAUUGAUCCUAUUCUGCGCCGAUUAUUAAGUCAAUUAAGCACCGAAUUAGACCAAUAUAUUUUGGGAUGGCAUUUUCGUAAUUAUUUGAGCAAUUUUUUUCGAAAGGCCAUUUUCCUUGGAUUUUGAAGGAUAAAGAUGGUGGAUUCGGCAUGAGGCUAUUCUUCAACGACGAUUAAGUCCAUCCAGGGCCAAUUUGGGCGGAUUUCUUCCGUGUCCAUUUCAGGCAGACUCCAUAGGGGUACCAUCACAGAUUUCGGGAGAUUUUUCCGAAAUGCCAUUUUCUUUCGAUUUUGGAGGCUACAGAUCACGGAUUCGGCUCGAGGCUAUUCUCCACCGAUAAUAAAGUCUAUUGAUCAUAUUCUGCGCCGAUGAUUAAGUCAAUUAAGCACCGAAUUGGGCCAAUAUAUUUUGGGAUGGCAUUUUCGUAAUUAUUUGUGCAAUUUUUUUUGAAAGUUUAUUUUCCAUGGAUUUUGAAGGAUAAAGAUGGUUGAUUCGUCCUGAGGCUAUUCUUCAACGAAGAUUAAGUCCAUCCAGGGCCAAUUGAGGCGGAUUUCUUCCGGGUCCAUUUUUGGCAGACUCCAAAGGGGUACCAUCAUAGAUUUCGGGAGAUUUUUCCGAAAUGCCAUUUUCUUUCGAUUUUGGAAGCUACAGAUCACGGAUUUGGCUCGAGGCUAUUUUCCAUCGAUAAUAAAGUCUAUUGAUCCUAUUUUGCGCCGAUGAUUUAGUCAAUUAAGCACCGAAUCUGUCCGAUAUAUUUUAAGAUGGCAUUUUCGUAAUUAUUUGAGCAAUUUUUUUCGAAAAACCAUUUUCCUUGUAUUUUGAAGGAUAAAGAUGGUGGAUUCGGCCUGAGGCUAUUUUUCAACGACGAUUAACUCCAUCCAGGGCCAAUUUGGGCGGAUUUCUUCCGGGUCCAUUUUUGGCAGACUCCAAACGGGUACCAUCGCAGAUUUCGGGCGAUUUUUCCGAAAUGCCAUUUUCUUUCGAUUUUGGAGGCUACAGAUCACGAAUUUGGCUCGGGGCUAUUCUCCACUGAUAAUAAAGUCUAUUGAUCCUAUUAUGCGCCGAUGAUUAAGUCAAUUAAGCACCGAAUUGGGCCAAUAUAUUUUGGGAUGGCAUUUUCGUAAUUAUUUGAGCAAUUUUUUUCGAAAGCCCAUUUUACUUGGAUUUUGCAGGAUAAAGAUAGUGGAUUCGGCUUGAGGCUAUUCUUCAAUGACGAUUAAGUCCAUCUAGGGCCAAUUUGGGCGGAUUUCUUCCGGGUCCAUUUUUGCCAGACUCCAAAGGGGUACGUACCAUCAUAGAUUUCGGGCGAUUUUUCCGAAAUGCCUUUUUCUUCCAAUUUAGGAGGCUACAGAUCACGGAUUCGGCUCGAGGCUAUUCUCCACAGAUAAUAAAGUCUAUCUAUCCUAUUCUGCGCCGAUGAUUAAGUCAAUUAAGCAUCGAAUUGGGCCAAUAGAUUUUGAGAUGGCAUUUUCGUAAUAAUUUGAGCAAUUUUUUUCGAAAGGUAAUUUUCCUUCGAUUUUGAAGGAAAGAUGGUGGAUUCGCCCUGACGCUAUUCUUCAACGACGACUAAGUCCAUCCAGCGCCAAUUUGGGCGGAUUUCUUCCGGGUCCAUUUUUGGCAGACUCCAAAGGGGUACCAUCACAGAUUUCGGGUGAUUUUCCCGAAAUGUCAUUUUCUUUCAAUUUUGGAGGCUACAGAUCACGGAUUCGGCUCGAGGCUAUUCUCCACCGAUAAUAAAGUCUAUUGAUCCUAUUCUGCACCGAUGAUUAAGUCAAUUAAGCACCGAAUUGGGCCAAUAUAUUUUGGGAUUGCAUUUUCGUAAUUAUUUGUGCAAUUUUUUUCGAAAGUCUAUUUUCCAUGGAUUUUGAAGGAUAAAGAUGGUGGAUUCAUCCUGAGGCUAUUCUUCAACGACGAUUAAGUCCAUCCAGGGCCAAUUUGGGCGCAUUUCUUCCGGGUCCAUUUUUGGCAGACUCCAAAGGGGUACCAUAACAGAUUUCGGGCGAUUUUUCCGAAAUGCCAUUUUCUUUCGAUUUUGGAGGCUACAGAACACAGAUUCGGUCAAGGCUAUUCUCCACCAACAAUAAAGUCUAUUGAUCCUAUUCUGCGCUGAUUAUUAAGUCAAUUAAGUACCGAAUUGGGCCAAUAUAGUUUGGAAUGGCAUUUUCGUAAUUAUUUGAGCAAUUUUUUUUGAAAGGCCAUUUUCCUUGGAUUUUGUAGGAUAAAGAUGGUGGAUUCGGCCUGACGCUAUUCUUCAACAACGAUGAAGUCCAUCCAGGGCCAAUUUGGGUGGAUUUCUUCCGGAUCCAUUUUUGGCAGAUUCCAAAGGGGUACCAUGACAGAUUUCGGGAGAUUUUUCUGAAAUGCCAUUUUCUUUCGAUUUUGGAGGCUAUAGAUCACGGAUUCGGCUCUAGGCUAUUUUCCAUCGAUAAUAAAGUCUAUUGAUCCUAUUCUGCAUCGAUGAUUAUGUCAAUUAAGCACCGAAUUAGACCAAUAUAUUUUGGGAUGACAUUUUCGUAAUUAUUUGAGCAAUUUUUUCGAAAGGUCAUUUUCCUUGGAUUUUGAAGGAUAAAGAUGGUGGAUUCGGCCUGAGGCUAUUCUUCAACGACGAUUAAGUCCAUCCAGGGCCAAUUUGGGCGGAUUUCUUCCGGGUCCAUUUUGGGCAGACUUCAAAGGGGUACCAUCACAGAUUUCGGGCGAUUUUUCCGAAAUGUCAUUUUCUUUCGAUUUUGGAGGCUACAGAUCACGGAUUCGGCUCGAGGCUAUUCUCCACCGAUAAUAAAGUCUAUUGAUCCUAUUCUGUGCCGAUGAUUAAGUCAAUUAAGCACCGAAUUGGGCCAAUAUAUUUUGUGAUGGCAUUUUCGUAAUUAUUUGAGCAAUUUUUUUCGAAAGUCCAUUUUCCUUGGAUUUUGAAGAAUAAAGAUGGUGGAUUUGUCGUGAGCCUAUUCUUCAACGACGAUUAAGUCUAUCCAGGGCCAAUUUGGGCGGAUUUCUUCCGGGUCCAUUUUUGGGAGACUUCAAAGGGGUACCAUCACAAAUUUCGGGAGAUUUUUCCGAAAUCCCAUUUUCUUUCGAUUUUGGAGGCUACAGAUCAUGGAUUCGGUUCGAGGCUAUUUUCCAUCGAUAAUAAAGUCUAUUGAUCCUAUUCUAUGCCGAUGAUUUAGUCAAUUAAGCAUCGAAUCUGUCCAAUAUAUUUUGGAAUGUCAUUUUCGUAAUUAUUUGAGCAAUUUUUUUCGAAAAGCCAUUUUCCUUGGAUUUUGAAGGAUAAAGAUGGUGGAUACGGCCUGAGGCUAUUUUUCAACGACGAUUAAGUCCAUCUAGGGCCAAUUUGGGCGGAUUUCUUCCGGGUCCAUUUUUGUCAGAUUCCAAAGGGGUACCAUCACAGAUUUCGGGCGAUUUUUCCGAAAUGCCAUUUUCUUUCGAUUUUGGAGGCUACAGAUCACGAAUUCGGCUCGAGACUAUUCUCCACUGAUAAUAAAGUAUAUUGAUCCUAUUAUGCGCCGAUGAUUAAGUUAACUAAGCAUCGAAUCGGGCCAAUAUAUUUUGGGAUGGCAUUUUCGUAAUUAUUUGAGCAAUUUUUUUCGAAAGGCCAUUUUCCUUGGAUUUUGAAGGAUAAAGAUGGGGGAUUCGCCCUGACGCUAUUCUUCAACGACGACUAAGUCCAUCCAGGGCCAAUUUGGGCGGAUUUCUUCCGGGUCCAUUUUUGGCAGACUCCAAAGGGGUACCAUCACAGAUUUCGGGUGAUUUUCCCGAAAUGUCAUUUUCUUUCAAUUUUGGAGGCUACAGAUCACGGAUUCGGCUCGAGGCUAUUCUCCACCGAUAAUAAAGUCUAUUGAUCCUAUUCUGCGCCGAUAAUUAAGUCAAUUAAGCACCAAAUUGGGCCAAUAUAUUUUGGAAUGACAUUUUCGUAAUUAUUUGUGCAAUUUUUUUCGAAAGACAAUUUUCCUUGGAUUUUGAACGAUAAAGAUGGUGAUUCGGUCUGAGGCUAUUCUUCAACGACGAUUAAGUCCAUCCAGGGCCAAUUUGGGCAGAUUUCUUCCGUGUCUAUUUUUGGCAGACUCCAAAGUGGUACCAUCACAGAUUUCGUGCGAUUUUUCCGAAAUGCCAUUUUCUUUCGAUUUUGGAGGCUACAGAUCACGAAUUCGCCUCGAGACUAUUCUCCACUGAUAAUAAAGUCUAUUGAUCCUAUUAUGCGCCGAUGAUUAAGUUAACUAAGCAUCGAAUCGGGCCAAUAUAUUUUGGGAUGGCAUUUUCGUAAUUAUUUGAGCAAUUUUUUUCGAAACGCCAUUUUUCUUGGAUUUUGAAGGAUAAAGAUGGUGGAUCGGCCUGAGGCUAUUCUUCAACGACGAUAAAGUUCAUCCAUGGCCAAUUUGGGCGGAUUUCUUCCGAGUCCAUUUUUGGCAGACUUCAAAGGGAUACCAUCACAGAUUUCGGUCGAUUUUUCCUAAAUGCCAUUUUCUUUCGAUUUUGGAGGCUACAGAUCACGGAUUCGGCUCGAGGCUAUUCUCCACCGAUAAUAAAGUCUAUUGAUCCUAUUCUGCGCCGAUGAUUAAGUCAAUUAAGCACCGAAUUGGGCCAAUAUAUUUUGGGAUUGCAUUUUCGUAAUUAUUUGUGCAAUUUUUUUCGAAAGUCUAUUUUCCAUGGAUUUUGAAGGAUAAAGAUGGUGGAUUCAUCCUGAGGCUAUUCUUCAACGACGAUUAAGUCCAUCCAGGGCCAAUUUGGGCGCAUUUCUUCCGGGUCCAUUUUUGGCAGACUCCAAAGGGGUACCAUAACAGAUUUCGGGCGAUUUUUCCGAAAUGCCAUUUUCUUUCGAUUUUGGAGGCUACAGAACACAGAUUCGGUCAAGGCUAUUCUCCACCAACAAUAAAGUCUAUUGAUCCGAUUCUGCGCUGAUUAUUAAGUCAAUUAAGUACCGAAUUGGGCCAAUAUAGUUUGGAAUGGCAUUUUCGUAAUUAUUUGAGCAAUUUUUUUUGAAAGGCCAUUUUCCUUGGAUUUUGUAGGAUAAAGAUGGUGGAUUCGGCCUGACGCUAUUCUUCAACAACGAUGAAGUCCAUCCAGGGCCAAUUUGGGUGGAUUUCUUCCGGAUCCAUUUUUGGCAGAUUCCAAAGGGGUACCAUGACAGAUUUCGGGAGAUUUUUCUGAAAUGCCAUUUUCUUUCGAUUUUGGAGGCUAUAGAUCACGGAUUCGGCUCUAGGCUAUUUUCCAUCGAUAAUAAAGUCUAUUGAUCCUAUUCUGCAUCGAUGAUUAUGUCAAUUAAGCACCGAAUUAGACCAAUAUAUUUUGGGAUGACAUUUUCGUAAUUAUUUGAGCAAUUUUUUCGAAAGGUCAUUUUCCUUGGAUUUUGAAGGAUAAAGAUGGUGGAUUCGGCCUGAGGCUAUUCUUCAACGACGAUUAAGUCCAUCCAGGGCCAAUUUGGGCGGAUUUCUUCCGGGUCCAUUUUGGGCAGACUUCAAAGGGGUACCAUCACAGAUUUCGGGCGAUUUUUCCGAAAUGUCAUUUUCUUUCGAUUUUGGAGGCUACAGAUCACGGAUUCGGCUCGAGGCUAUUCUCCACCGAUAAUAAAGUCUAUUGAUCCUAUUCUGUGCCGAUGAUUAAGUCAAUUAAGCACCGAAUUGGGCCAAUAUAUUUUGUGAUGGCAUUUUCGUAAUUAUUUGAGCAAUUUUUUUCGAAAGUCCAUUUUCCUUGGAUUUUGAAGAAUAAAGAUGGUGGAUUUGUCGUGAGCCUAUUCUUCAACGACGAUUAAGUCUAUCCAGGGCCAAUUUGGGCGGAUUUCUUCCGGGUCCAUUUUUGGGAGACUUCAAAGGGGUACCAUCACAAAUUUCGGGAGAUUUUUCCGAAAUCCCAUUUUCUUUCGAUUUUGGAGGCUACAGAUCAUGGAUUCGGUUCGAGGCUAUUUUCCAUCGAUAAUAAAGUCUAUUGAUCCUAUUCUAUGCCGAUGAUUUAGUCAAUUAAGCAUCGAAUCUGUCCAAUAUAUUUUGGAAUGUCAU